AGAGAGCAGUGUGCAAUAUGUGUGUUGGAGAAGCUUUAAACGCUGCACUUCCGACUUGUUGAGACUGUCUGCGUUGGCUUGGCCAAAGUGAUGUUUCGGAUGUGAAGCUGUUUUUGAAGUUCCCCCACCCACCACACCCAACUUCUUUACCAAGUGCUGCUUACCAAAUCACGAUGAAAAGCGUUCCUAUCAACACAAGUGUUGGUGCUUAAAGUAUUUCACCGUUUGACAUAAUGCCUCUGCCAAGGUUUCCAUACCUUCCAGGGUGAAAACUUACCAAUUCAGUACACACACACACACAUGCGCGCGCACGCACGCACACGCACGCAGCCACAUGCUCUUUGUUCCAGGGUGUGUUCAGCAGAGCUUCGAUGCAUUCCAGGGAAAGGACGAGAGAGAUUGGAUCCCUCUCGUGUUGAUAUAUUUUAGACUCGCACUCUAAAUGGGACACAUUAGAAACCCAGUCACAGCAAAAUGUGCAUUAGUGUCUUGACUUGAGAUGGAGAUCAAGAAGAUGGAGGGGCAGCAAGGGCAGGUUGAGGAGGGGGGCAGCAAGGAAUUUGCCCCGGAAAACGAUCUCCUGCCUGUUUGCACAAGGUGUGCUCACAUAUCCAAUUUCAGCAAGGGAGAAGAAAGUUGCCUGGUCUUGAUGCAGCCCAACAGUAGUUGGAGUCUCUGAUCCUCUCCCUGAAGAAGUGCAUUGUGGGAGCGUCCUGUCCCGCUGUGCUGGAGGGAGGGACCUCAUGCCCCAGAAAUGUGAAUCAAUCAGCUAUUUCAGCCCAGCCCCUUACCAGGACCCACGGAAGUCAUCCUGCAAAGCCCAACUAGACUGGAGGUUAGCAAGCAUGCACCUCAAGCCAUACCCCAACCCCCAGAAGAAGGAGUCUGUGGUGGAGGGCCCCUGCGGCCUGCACGUGGACCAGCAGGGGGCGCUCAAGCCUGAGUGGGGCUUGCGCGCGCCCUGCCCUCUGGUGCCCUCGUCUGGCGGCGGCUCAGCCAGCCGCUGUCCACUCGGUGUCCUCUCUACCAACACGCUCCACUGUUCCUCCUCCUCCGCCAACAACAACAACACCAACAACACAAACACCACCAACAACAACAACAACAACAACAAAUUGAGCAGCUCCUGGGCAGCACGAAAGGGCAAAGGGAACCCCCUGGUGCCUGCAAAGGUGGCCCUCACAAGCUCCCUACUGCUCCUGGCGUCCCCUGCGGGGCUGGAGAACGAAGCCUCGCUGCGGAUAUACCAGAGCGAGGACGGCGACGGGCCCCUGGACAUCUGGGCGGUCAUCAAGCCAGGCAACACCAAGGAGAAGAUCGCCAUCUUUGCCGGUCGGCAGCGUGGGAGGUCGAACGACGUCGACGGCGGGCGGGGGGUGGGUGACGCUGCGCCGGUGGGAGAGGGAGGUCAACAGGAUACUCGCGUGACGUGCUCGAUGAAGAGCAAGGGCUGCUGGGGUGAAGGUGGCUCGCUGGCCAAGCGUCGGCGGCUGGGCAAAACGGACAAAACGAAAAGCCCAGACAUCCAGAGAACACAAAAUCCAGGGAGGCUGCCUCCCCCAGUCCCUCUGUGCGAGACACCAGCUCACUGUGCCGGCGACUCGGAAGAGGGAUUGCCACAAGUGGAAGGGGACGAAGGAGGCAGGAUGGUCUCUGUGGUGGAAAUGGUGGCCUUACUGGAGCAGUUGGCAAAUGGCGACCAACACAUGGACUCGAAGCCUGUUUCCCGCAACUCCAGCACCAUCACGCUGCCAAAAUCCCCCCCACCCAUACCAGAGCCCAAAGUGGUGGAGUCGGUGGAGGGUCAGGAGGAGUCGGAGAGUGUGCGGGUGCUGGACAUGGUGGCCCGGCUAGAGUCGGAGUGUCUGAAAAGGCAGAGCUCUCGCGAGUCAGGCGAGCUUUCCCGCAACAACAGCCUGCGCCGUAACGUGGCUCGCGUCCUGCUGGCCGGCUCGGAGCCUUAUCAGGCCCCAACGCAGCCAGAAUCGCCCGCUGACAGCCAGGUGGACAAUCAGCAUCUAGUUGAAGGGCCGUCAGUGGAGGGGAACAACCAGCCCAAAUCCCAAUCUGAGUCCUUGACCUCACCUCCCCCCUGUGAGCCCCCUGUGGUAGUAGAGAGAGUGGACAAGACCAGCGAGGCCCAGCUAGCUCAGAUGGAGAGCAGAGUCCUAGAUACGAGGAAAAGAGCAGAGAAGGACUUGGAGCGUCUGCAGUUUCCUGCCCCCGAGCUGCCUGGCACAAUCGAGGUUGAGGAGCCCAUGCCAGGCAUGCUGUUCUUCAGACAGUCUCCACCUCAGCCUCUGUCUGAACGGAAAACACCCCAUCACACAGAGACUAUGACCCACCCCAAAAUAUGCGUAACUGUGGAUGCCACAAUUCCCCCCAAGCCUCGGGACUCUCAAUUUGAGGGCUCAUCCAGGAUAUCAAAAGCGCCGCAGUCGCCUGCUCUUGCAGGAAAGGCACAGACUUUGCACACAGGUGUGGACAAUGAUUGCAGUGAUCAUGUGACUGGUGGCGAGGGCAUAGGCUGUCAUGGUGACGACGGGGAGGAGGACAGCGACAGCACGGGCCGCGAGGCGGCAACGUUCCCCCUGCGCCGGCAGGUCUCGCACGAGUUCCUGGAGAUGCGCUUCAAGAUCCAGCAGCUCCUGGAGCCCCAGCCUUACCUGGCCGUGCUGCCGCACCACGUGCUGGUCCAGAUCUUCAGCCUGCUGCCCACCCAGGCCCUGGCCGCCCUCAAGUGCACCUGCCGCUACUUCAAGUCGGUCAUCGAGAGCUACGACGUGCGGCCCACCGACUCGCGCUGGGUGUCGGAGCCGCGGUACCGCGACGACCCGUGCAAGCAGUGCAAGAGGCACUACCGGCGGGGCGAUGUGUCGCUCUGCCGCUGGCACCACAAGCCCUACUGCCAGGCCAUGCCCUACGGCCCCGGCUACUGGAUGUGCUGUCGGGGGGCCCACAAGGACGCGCCUGGCUGCAACGUGGGCCUCCACGACAACCGCUGGGUGCCCACUUUUCACCGCAUGAACAUGCCAAUCUAUAAGAACAGAGAGGGUGAUGAUGAGGUCUAGUGUGGGGAGGGUGUGUGUGUGCGCGUGCAUGUAUGAUGGAUGUGUCUGUGUGAUCUGGGGAGGGAGGAAUGGGAUUGGGACUAUAUAUAUAUAUGGGCAAUGUGCAACAAAAAAAAUGAAAUCCGUAUGCUUUUUAUCUGUGAGGGCUGUGUGUGCUCAAAGUGUGUUUGUAUCAAUAUGUUGCCAUAUUAUGAGUGUAAAUUUUUCUUUAUUUUUAUGUGUUCUGGGGUGGAUGUGUGAGCAGGUUGCUCAAACUCAUUAAGGAAUCGCUGGAUCUUCCCCUCUGCCUGUUUCCCCUCCCAACCUCCUGUCAAUCAUGACCAGCUGGCCUAUGAUAACCCUUCCUCAGGUUGUGGCAGUCGGUCUGCACUUUAAAGUCUGCAAGACUUGCCCACUCCAACGGUUUCCUUAACAGAAACGCUGUGUGGGGCCUGCUUGCUUGAAUGAAUUGUUGUGGUUUUGUUUGGAGCGAGCAUUAAUUGAACAUUGACUAAGUUAUAUUUGAAAAGAGCAUCUCUGUAAUGUUUGUCCUGACUGUUCAUUUUGAUGCAUACUGAAGCACCCUGACGCGACACCAUUUGUUUCCCAGCUAAGCAUUAAUAUAUAUAUAUUUUUUUUUUCAAAGUCAGUUUCCUGUACAUCUACACACUGGGCAUCCCUGAAUGCUGUGGGCAAGCGUGUAUGGCCAUGCACCCUGCUUGCCUUUGUGGCGUUCUGACACACACACACACACACACACACACACACCAGCCCUACACCUUUCUGUCCUGCUCGGUUCCUCACAGGCUUGGGUGCCCUUUUCUAGGUUGUGAGAGGGAGGUGGGUGGAUGGUGGAUAGGUUUUCUGAGCUCACCUGUUUACAUUGUACAAAGCAUCAAACACAUCAUAUAUAGAUAUAUCUAUCUAAUACAGGGUGAAGAAUGGUUGCAUGUGUAUAACUUGAAUGCAUUUUCUUUUCUGUCGGUUGAAAUUGUUUCCUUUUUAAAGCGUUUUCUUUUUUUUUUUUUUUUUUUUUUUUUAAGCCAGAUGUAAACUGUCUGUAUACAUACACAAUCAUACAAAAAUUUAAAAGAAUAUUUGAAAGAUGGGUGUUUACCAUACUUUUACUGUAGGCUUUGCUGACAGGCCACUGAAAUGGGCAGGAUUGUGACCCCCCAGUGCUUUCCAUUUCUUACCGAACUUUUUUUUUUUUUUUUUUCCUUUUAUUAAUUAAAAGAACUUAAAUAAAUAAAAUUAGAAGUGUAAGUGUAUUUCAGAUUCUUUUUUUUUAAAGGAUGAUAUUGUAUACAAGUUCUCUACUGUUAUCUGCCUCUCGAUACAUUUUACUGUGGUAAAGUGCAUUCAUAGAGAAUUUGUCAAUGGCUGCUCUUGCCUUUCCUUUAUUGUUCUCGUAUCCUUCCCACAAAGUGUAUGUACAGUAUAUAAGAUGGACUAUAUUCUGCAAUGGAAGUUGGGAGAUGUUGGCCUUAAUGGACUUUAUCAAAAGUAUUAAUGUCAAUAAAAGACAGAAAUGAAAAACAAAAAGUCAA